CAAAAUCCGGAAUCUCAGCUCAAGCUCCCCAAGGGUCAAAGGUGUGACGCUCAGAAUCAACUCCAAUCUUUCUACCUUUCCCUCACCACUCAAUCGACCUGAUUGCCUCAUUUCCCAAUGGCUGAGCAGUUGAUUCUCAAGGGUACCCUCGAGGGCCACAAUGGCUGGGUCACCAGCCUGGCUACCUCCAUGGAGAACCCCAACAUGCUCCUGUCCGCUUCCCGUGACAAGACUCUGAUCAUCUGGAACCUCACCCGUGACGAGUCCCAGUACGGUUACCCCAAGCGCUCCCUCAAGGGCCACUCCCACAUCGUCUCCGACUGCGUUAUCUCCUCGGACGGCGCCUACGCCCUGUCUGCCUCUUGGGACAAGACUCUCCGCCUUUGGGAGCUUGCCACCGGCACCACCACCCGCCGCUUUGUCGGCCACACCAACGACGUUCUGUCCGUCUCCUUCUCCGCCGACAACAGACAAAUCGUUUCCGGCUCCCGCGACCGCACGAUCAAGCUCUGGAACACCCUCGGUGACUGCAAGUACACCAUCUCCGAGAAGGGUCACUCCGAGUGGGUUUCCUGCGUCCGCUUCAGCCCCAACCCCCAGAACCCCGUCAUUGUCUCCUCCGGCUGGGACAAGCUCGUCAAGGUCUGGGAGCUCAGCACCUGCAAGCUGCAGACUGACCACAUUGGCCACACCGGCUACAUCAACACCGUCACCAUCUCCCCCGAUGGAUCCCUCUGCGCCUCCGGUGGCAAGGACGGUACCACCAUGCUGUGGGACCUUAACGAGUCCAAGCACCUCUACUCCCUCAACGCCAACGACGAGAUCCACGCCCUUGUCUUCUCCCCCAACCGCUACUGGCUCUGCGCUGCUACCGCCAGCAGCAUCAUCAUCUUCGACCUUGAGAAGAAGAGCAAGGUUGAUGAGCUCAAGCCCGAGUUCACUGCUGUCGGCAAGAAGAGCCGUGAGCCUGAGUGCGUGAGCUUGGCCUGGUCUGCCGAUGGCCAGACCCUGUUCGCCGGUUACACCGACAACAUCAUCCGUGCCUGGGGUGUCAUGUCGAGAGCAUAAACGGGCGUGAAGCUCUCUUCUGUUCUCUCUCUCUGGGUUAUGCGAUGAUGGUGACGAAGUGUGGUGGGGAAAGGGCUCUCUUGGUAGAUCAUGGCGGGCGUCCUAGGCUGGCUUCCUCGUUAUGUCUUUCGGGAUGCGCAGGGUCAAAACGAUUUGUGAAAAAUUGGGGAUGAGACUGCAUGGCUGGCUUGUAGGUAGCCCACGAAAGGACUCGGACAUGAACCCGUAACGCCC